CUCCAUCGUAUUUUCGUUGGGGAGGCCCGUCCCUUCUAACCGCUGAUGAUGAUCCUCCUUGGACUAUACCCCUGAGGCUCAAGCCAUCUUCCCCUUCCAAGGUUGGCACCAGACCGCAUGGAAUCGAAACUUGGCUUCUUUCUCCCCUUUCAUGAGAAGAAGGUGUAUGUGUCAUAGCAAGAGUACUGCGGCUUGCCCACCAUCAUCAUGAUAGUAUCAUGAUAUGACUUCUGUCGUUGACGUCCCGUCCACCAUGCUUACGUACGUAGAACGACACAAACAGGCCAAGAGAAUGCGGACGAGAUGGCAAUGGGAAACUCUAAUACGCAUACAGCCGACAUUGGCAAGCCCGUCACUUCGGACGCUCUGCCCCUUGAGAGGGCCUGUGGCAUGUUGCGCGACAGCCCACACCGCCCGAUCAGCUCGAGUUACCAGCAAGCCUGGCAAAUACGAUGGACAUUGGUCUAGGGACCUCUGUGGCGUCCAGAGACGAGAUGACCGCCUACAAUCCGGGGUCAUUUUCCAUACAGUAAAGUUUCGGGCGAGGCCCUAUUCUGGGCUUUGUAUCCUCCGCGAACCCUGGGAGACACACGGCCAUCUUGGCCAUGGAUCAACCCGGAACUUAAAGUCUGCAGGCAUCAGUGCCUCCACCCACCCACCUCCUCUCUAUGGUACGUAGCAUCGCCCUCUGGGCAGUGAAAGUGAUGUGGGAGGAACAUUCGUAGACUGCUCUUGGGACCCGUUACCCUUGGCGGAUUCAUC